UUUGCCCAGUUUGGGGUCCCCGGUUCUUGUCCCCGCCCUGGGGCUCUCACUGCAAUCCCAAAUCGGCUGAGGAGACCCCGCCAGGAGAGGUGUGAGCCCCUCCUCCCGUUCCCAGGUGCCUCUGAAGGGGACAAGAAGGCUGAGAAGAGCCCGACAGAUGACAAGAGCAAGAAGCCGCAGCCGGGGGCGUUCCUGCAGUCCCACUAUUUCGUGGCACUUUAUCGCUUCAAAGCCCUGGAGAAGGACGACCUGGACUUCCCGCCAGGGGAGAAGAUCACGGUGGUCGAUGACUCCAACGAGGAGUGGUGGAGGGGGAAGAUCGGGGAGAAAAUCGGAUAUUUCCCCCCCAACUUCAUCAUCCGGGUGCGGGCGGGCGAGCGGGUGCACAAGGUGACGCGCUCCUUCGUGGGCAACCGGGAGAUCGGGCAGAUCACGCUCAAGAAGGAUCAGAUCGUGGUGCAGAAAGGGGAGGAGGUGAACGGCUACGUGAAAGUGUUCACCGGCCGCAAAGUGGGGCUGUUCCCCGUGGACUUCCUGGAGGAGAUCUGAGGGGGGCUGCGGGAGGGGGGGGAACCCUGGG